AUGGCUCCAUCCGACGAGACGAAGCCGGCAGAUGGCCCUGCUGUCCCGGCAGCGAAGGCUGACCGGAAAGCCGAAAAAGAGCGACUGAAGGCAGAGAAGGUCAAGAAGCUCGCAGAGAAGAAGGCGAAACUGCAGAACGCCGUUGCCGUUGCCGCGUCCACAAAGGCGACAAAGGUUGCCAAGACCACCGAACAGAUCCCGAAAUACGUCGAGACGACGCCCGCGGGCGAGAAGAAGGUCUUGGGACCACUCGAUUCGCCUCACCAUUCCGCUUACAUUCCGGGUGUCGUCGAGUCCGCGUGGGAUGCAUGGUGGACUAAGCAGGGUUUCUUCGACCCUGAGUUCACCAAGGACGGCAAGAACCUGUCUCGCGGUUCCUUCGUCAUCACCAUCCCUCCUCCAAACGUAACCGGCGCUUUGCACUGCGGCCACGCCUUGGGAACGGCCCUGCAAGAUAUGCUCAUCCGAUGGCAACGCAUGAGGGGCUACACAACGCUCUAUCUUCCUGGAUGCGACCAUGCCAGCAUCAGUACGCAAAGCGUGGUGGAGAAAAUGCUAUGGAGGCGUGAGGGCAAGACACGUCAUGAUCUUGGACGGGAGAAGUUCUUGGAAAGAGCUUUGGAGUGGAAGGACGAAUACCAUGGAAAGAUCAACACGGUAUUGCGUCGUCUUGGAGGUUCUUUUUCGUGGGAUCGCGAGGCAUUCACCAUGAGCCCCAGUAUGAGCGAAGCCGUCAUGGAAGCCUUCGUCCGCCUUCACGACGAUGGCCUCAUCCAUCGAGCCAACCGCUUGGUCAAUUGGUGUGUCAAGCUCAAUACUACUAUUUCCAACCUCGAAGUCGAAAGCAAGGAAUUGGCUGGCAGGACAUUGCUCGAUGUUCCCGGGUAUGACCGAAAGGUGGAAUUUGGCGUCUUGACGUACUUCAAGUACGUUGUCGACGGGUCGGAGGAGACCAUCACUGUUGGCACGACUCGACUUGAAACCAUGCUCGGAGAUACGGCGGUUGCUGUUCAUCCCGACGACGCCCGCUACAAGCAUCUCGUGGGGAAGUUUGUGCGGCAUCCGUUCUUGGAUCGCCUGAUACCCAUCGUUGCUGACUCGGCUGCGGACCCGGAAUUCGGAACUGGAGCUGUCAAGAUCACGCCUGCUCAUGACGCCAACGAUUUCGGUGUCGGUACUCGCCACAACCUGCCCUUCAUCAACAUCUUGAACGAUGACGGUACUCUGAAUAGCAAUGCCGGCAGGUUCGAAGGACAGAAGCGGUACGACGUGCGAUACGCGCUCUUGGAUGAACUCACCAAACUGGGUCUGUUUGUCAAGAAGGAACCCAACCCAAUGUCGAUCAAACUCUGCGCAAAGUCCAAAGAUGUCGUCGAACCAGUGCUGAAGCCGCAGUGGUGGAUGAAGAUGAAGGAUCUCGCAGCCCCUGCCAUCGAGGUCGUUCGAAAUGGCGAUAUCAAGAUUCGCCCCGAGACGGCCGAGAAGAACUAUUUCAGAUGGCUGGAGAACAUCAAUGACUGGUGCUUGUCGCGUCAGCUCUGGUGGGGUCACCAAAUCCCAGCGUACCUUGUGAACAUCGCCGGCGAACCUGCAGCGGCCGACUCCAGUGAUCGCUGGGUUGUUGCGAAGUCCGAGGCCGAGGCGAGAGAAAAGGCACAGAAGAAGUUCCCCGGUAAAGAGUUUACUCUCGAGAGGGACCCGGAUGUUCUGGACACAUGGUUUUCAUCUGGGCUAUGGCCGUUUGCCACCUUGGGAUGGCCGAACAAGACCCAUGACCUGCAGAACCUCUUCCCGACUAGCGUCCUGGAGAGCGGAUGGGACAUCCUGUUCUUCUGGAUUGCGCGCAUGAUUAUGCUGAGUUUGAAACUGACUGGCGAAAUCCCCUUUAAAGAAGUAUACUGCCAUUCGCUGAUCCGAGACGCCCAAGGCCGCAAAAUGUCCAAGUCUCUGGGCAAUGUACUCGACCCCAUUGCGAUCAUGGACGGCAUCACCCUCCAGGAGUUGCAAGACGGCCUGAAACUCGGGAACCUUGACGAAAAGGAGUUGGAUAUCGCAACCAAGAACCAGAAAGACUCCUUCCCUCAGGGAAUCCCCGAGUGCGGGGCGGAUGCGCUGCGCUUUUCCCUGAUCAACUACACCACUGGUGGUGGUGAUAUUGCCUUCGACGUGAAGGUCAUGGCUGGAUACCGCAGGUUCUGCAACAAGAUCUAUCAAGCCACCAAGUACGUCCUGGGGAAGAUCCCGGCCGACUACCAACCCCCGGCGAAGCUGGCCAAGACGGGCAAGGAGACCCUUCCGGAGCGUUGGAUUCUGCACAGGCUGAAUUCAGCCGCUCGGGCGAUCCACGAAGCCCUCGAACAACGAGAGUUCUCGCGCUCGUCACAGAUCGUCUACCGGUACUGGUAUGACGACGUCUGCGACGUCUUCAUUGAAAACUCCAAAGCCAUUCUCCAGGAGGGAAGCGAUGAGGCCAAGGCAAGCACAAUCGACACGCUCUACGCUGUGCUCGAGGGAGGAAUCACCAUGAUCCACCCAUUCAUGCCUUUCCUUACCGAAGAACUAUGGCAACGUCUUCCUAGGAGACAGGGCGACUCGACGCCAUCGAUCGUGAGGGCGUCGUACCCAGAAUACGACGCCCAAUUCGACGAUGUAAAGUCGGCCGAGCAAUACGAGCUUCUGAUCUCCUGUUCAAGGGGUAUUCGGUCUCUGAUGGCCGAGUUUGGCAUCAAGAAAGAUGGGUCAGCCUACGUCUUUUCAUCAGACGCCGCGGAAUCCAGCCUGAUUCGGACUGAAAUCCAGCAAAUGCAGGCGUUGGCGGGCAAGACACUCGCCUCUCUGACUUUGUUGGAUGGGCCAGAUUCGCUGCCGCCUGGCUGUGCCGUCUUCCAGAUCUCGACACAUACCACCGUGUACCUGGAUGUUGGCAGCCAGGUUGAUGCGUCGUCCUUGGUCGAGAAGACCGAGUCGAAGCUGGUUAAAAUCACCGACGCAGCGGCGCGGCAGCGCAAGCUGAUGGGAGCCGAAGGUUGGAGCGACAAGGUCAGCGAUGCCGUGAAGGAUGCGGAGGAAGAAAAGCUGUCUGUCCUGGAUGCCCAGGUGAAGAGUCUGGCCUCGAGCAUCGAGCAGUUUAAGCGGUUGACGCUUAAUUCGUAG